AUGGCGGCGGAGGGGUCGUCGGAGGCGGCGGUGCGGGAGGCGCUGUCGACGGAGAAGGCGUUCGAGCGGGAGAAGCUGCCGGCGUGGUCGGAGCAGAUCACGGUGCGGUCGCUGGUGGUGAGCACGGCGCUGGGGCUCUUCCUGAGCUUCAUCGUCAUGAAGCUCAACCUCACGUCCGGGAUCGUGCCGUCGCUCAACAUGUCGGCGGGCCUGCUGGCCUUCUUCCUCAUGAAGACGUGGACCAGCGCGCUGGAGCGCUGCGGCAUCUUCCCCAAGCCCUUCACGCGCCAGGAGAACACCGUCGUGCAGACCUGCGUAAUCUCCUGCUCAAGCAUCGCAUUCAGCGGCGGGUUCGGCACCUACAUCCUUGGCAUGAGCAAGCAGAUCGCCGAGGGCUUCGACGAGGCCAAGACGAGCAUCAACGUGGAGGAGCCGUCGCUGGGGCGGAUCAUCGCCUUCCUCUUCCUCGUCAGCUUCGUGGGGCUCUUCUCCAUCGUGCCGCUGCGCAAGAUCAUGAUCAUCAGCUACAAGCUCACCUACCCCAGCGGCUCCGCCACGGCGCACCUCAUCAACAGCUUCCACACGCCGCAGGGGGCGAUCCAGGCCAAGCAGCAGGUCUCCAUCCUCUUCAAGUCCUUCGCCGGCAGCUUCCUGUGGUCGCUCUUCCAGUGGUUCUACUCGGCGGGGCCCGGGUGCGGCUUCAGCUCCUUCCCCACCUUCGGCAUGGAGGCCUACCGGCGGCGCUUCUUCUUCGACUUCUCGGCCACGUACGUGGGCGUGGGGAUGAUCUGCCCCUACAUCAUCAACUUCUCGCUGCUGCUGGGGUCCGUCGUGUCGUGGGGGCUCAUGUGGCCCUACAUCGAGAGCAAGCGGGGGCUCUGGUACGACGCCAAGCUGCCCCGGAGCAGCCUGCACGGCCUCAACGGCUACCAGAUCUUCAUCUCCAUCGCCAUGAUCAUCGGCGACGGGCUCUUCAACUUCCUCGUCAUCCUGGUGCGGACCACCUACGACAUGUACCUGAAGCGGACCAAGCCGGCGGAGGCGGCGGCCAAGCCGUUCGCCGGCGUGGACAUCAACGAGCGCCAGGUGCUAAGCUUCGACGACCGCCGCCGGACGCAGGUGUUCCUCAAGGACCAGAUCCCCACCUCCAUCGCCACCGGCGCUUACGUGCUCCUGGCCGCCAUCUCCGUCGUUGCCAUCCCGCACAUCUUCCGGCAGCUCAAGCCCAAGCACGUGGUGUGGGCCUACGUUGUGGCGCCCGUCUUCGCCUUCUGCAACGCCUACGGCACGGGCCUCACCGACUGGUCCCUCUCCAGCAGCUACGGCAAGCUGGCCAUCUUCAUCUUCGGCGCCAGCAUCGGGUCCCAGGACGGCGGCGUGGUGGCCGGCCUCGCCGCGUGCGGGCUGAUGAUGGGCAUCGUCUCCACCGCCUCCGACCUCAUCCAGGACUUCAAGACGGGGUACCUGACGCUGACCUCGCCGCGCUCCAUGUUCGUGAGCCAGGUCAUGGGCACCGGGCUGGGCUGCAUCAUCAGCCCCGUCGUGUUCUGGAUCUUCUACAAGGCCUACGACAUCGGCCUGGAGGAGGGGUACCCGGCGCCCUACGCCAAGAUCUACCGGGGCAUCGCGCUGCUGGGCGUCAACGGGUGGAACCAGCUGCCCAAGUACUGCCUCCGCUUCUGCCUCGCCUUCUUCCUCCUGGCCAUCGCCAUCUGCGCGCUCAAGGAGGUGGCCAAGGCGCGCGGGUGGUGGCUGCAGGACUACAUCCCCAGCGCGCUGGGCAUGGCGGUGCCCUUCUUCCUGGGCUCCUUCUUCACCAUCGACAUGUGCGUGGGGAGCAUCGUGCUCUACCUGUGGAGCAAGUCGGACCGGGUGCGCGCCCACAUGUUCGCGCCGGCCGUCGCGUCGGGGCUCAUCUGCGGCGACGGCAUCUGGUCGCUGCCGUCCUCCAUCCUGUCGCUGCUCAACAUCAACCCGCCCAUGUGCCUCAGGGUCUUCUCCGCCGAGACCAACUAUCAGGUGGAGGAGUUCCUCUGGACGCUGCGCAACCCGGCGGCAACAUAGCCAUAGCGUGCUUUGCAUUGAUCAUUAUUAAUUCCAUUUCUUCAUUCCUUCCAAAUCAUCACCAGCUAGCUCUAAUUAAUUAUUAGUUUAGUGCAUGCAUGCUAGCUAAUUAUAUUAUUUGAUGAGUGCGCUAGCUAGUCUUGAUUGUACUUGUACCUACCUCGCUCUAGGGUCGUUAAGUUUUACAGACACAUACAGCAUAUACAUGUAUGUACUUUCUUAGCUUCUUCUUCAUUUUAAUUUGCUGGCUGA